CUUGCGCUAGGGGGAUUGUGGGAUAGUGGCGGAGGGAGCCGGGCGGCGGAGGCCCUGAGGCGGGCCGCAGAGCCCGGAGACUGAGCGGCUCUGGGGAAGGGGCGGUUAAGGAAGUAGGCCUCGGCUUCCGUCGGUCGCUGCUCGGCUCUGCGGCUCGUUUGGUCCGCGGAGGAGGACGUCUUCCCCUCCCGCGGGGCGCUGGGUUGGACUGUGGAAACCGAGGCAACUUCCCCCGUCUUCCCGGCUGAGGCGCCUGCGCGGGCCUCGCGACCGGCUCGCCCGCAACCCGCUUUGGCCGGCGCGCCCACCUCGCCUGCGGACCCCGGAGGCGCCUACGCGGACUCGUGACACCCCCGGCCCGCCGGCAACCCCAACCGGCGCUGACCCCCUCAAUUCUGCAGGACCCGGCGCGCGAGGACCCCACGACCCGCGGGCGCCUGCGCGGACCCCGCGAGCCCCGGCGCCUGCGCAAGUCCCCGACGCCGCCCCCGCCCCUAUUUACCGGGCCCCGCAGCAGGGGCCGGAGCCGCCGGCGGCGGGGCGGGGGGGGCGCCCCGAUGAGCCCCGAGUGCGAGGAGCCGCCGCCCCCCCUCGCAGGGCGCCAUGUUUUGGAAGUUUGACCUGCACACAAGCUCACACCUGGACACGCUGCUGGAGCGGGAGGACCUGAGCCUGCCCGAGCUGCUGGACGAGGAAGACGUGCUGCAGGAGUGCAAGGUGGUCAACCGCAAGCUGCUGGAUUUCCUGCUGCAGCCACCCCACCUGCAGGCCAUGGUGGCCUGGGUCACCCAGGAGCCGCCAGCUAGCGGUGAGGAGCGGCUUCGCUACAAGUACCCCAGUGUGGCCUGCGAGAUUCUGACCUCAGACGUACCGCAGAUCAAUGACGCCCUGGGUGCUGAUGAGUCCCUCCUGAACCGGCUCUACGGCUUCCUGCAGAGCACCGGCAGCCUCAACCCACUGCUGGCCAGCUUCUUCAGCAAGGUCAUGGGCAUCCUCAUCAACCGCAAGACGGACCAGCUUGUGUCCUUUCUGCGGAAGAAGGAUGACUUCGUGGACCUGCUGCUGCAGCACAUCGGCACCUCGGCCAUCAUGGACCUGCUGCUGCGCCUGCUUACCUGUGUGGAGCGGCCCCAGCUGAGGCAGGACGUUGUCAAUUGGCUCAACGAGGAGAAGAUCGUCCAGCGGCUGAUUGAGCAGAUCCACCCGUCGAAGGAUGAGAAUCAACAUUCCAACGCGUCCCAGUCCCUGUGUGACAUCGUCCGCCUGAGCCGGGAGCAGAUGAUCCAAGUCCAGGACAGCCCAGAGCCUGACCAGCUGCUGGCCACUCUGGAGAAGCAGGAGACGAUUGAGCAGCUCUUAAGCAACAUGUUCGAGGUGGAGCAGAGCCAGUCUGUCAUCGUCAGUGGGAUCCAGGUGCUCCUGACCCUGCUGGAGCCCAGGAGGCCGAGGUCCGAGUCCAUGACUGUGAACAACUUCUUCAGCAGUGUGGAUGGGCAGCUGGAGUUCCUGGCCCAGGGAGCCCUGGAAAGCACUGUGUCCAGUGUGGGCGCCUUGCACGCCCUGCGCCCGCGGCUCAGCUGCUUCCACCAGCUCCUGCUGGAGCCUCCCAAGCUGGAGCCGCUACAGAUGACGUGGGGCAUGCUGGCUCCGCCUCUGGGCAACACGCGGCUGCACGUGGUCAAGCUCCUGGCCAGUGCCCUGAGCGCCAAUGAUGCAGCCCUGACGCAGGAGCUCCUGGCACUGGACGUGCCCAACACCAUGCUGGACCUCUUCUUCCACUAUGUCUUCAACAACUUCUUGCAUGCCCAAGUGGAGGGAUGCGUGAACACCAUGCUGAGCUUGGGGCCACCUCCUGACAGCAACCCUGAGAUGCCCGUCCAAAACCCAGUUGUGAAACAUCUGCUGCAGCAGUGCCGCCUGGUGGAGCGGAUCCUGGCUUCCUGGGAGGAGAACGACCGUGUACAGUCUGCGGGAGGCCCUCGGAAAGGCUACAUGGGCCACCUGACGAGAAUGGCCAACGCCCUGGUGCAGAGCACAGAGAAGGGGCCCAAUGCAGAGCAGCUGGGACAGCUGCUGAAGGAGCUGCCCAGCGAGCAGCAGGAGCAGUGGGAAGCCUUUGUAUCGGGGCCCCUGGCGGAGACCAACAAGAAGAACAUGGUGGACCUGGUGAACACCCACCACCUGCACUCCUCCAGUGACGAUGAGGACGACCGGCUCAAGGAGUUCAACUUCCCUGAGGAGGCCGUGCUGCAGCAGGCCUUCAUGGACUUCCAGAUGCAGCGCAUGACCUCUGCCUUUAUUGACCACUUUGGCUUCAAUGAUGAGGAGUUUGGGGAGCAGGAGGAGAGUGUGAAUGCACCUUUUGACAAGACAGCCAACAUCACGUUCUCCCUCAACGCCGACGAUGACAACCCCAACGCCAACCUACUUGAGAUAUGCUACAAGGACCGAAUCCAGCAGUUUGAUGAUGAUGAGGAAGAGGAGGACGAGGAAGAGGCCCAGGGCUCAGGGGAGUCUGAUGGAGAAGAUGGCGCCUGGCAGGGUAGCCAGUUGGCCAGGGGGGCCCGUCUGAGCCAGCCCCCUGGUGUCCGGAGUGGAGGCAGCACAGACAGUGAGGAUGAAGAAGAGGAGGACGAGGAGGAGGAGGAAGACGAGGAGGGCAUUGGCUGUGCAGCCCGUGGAGGGGCCACCCCCAUGUCCUACCCCAGCCCUGGCCCUCAGCCUCCAGGCCCCAGCUGGACAGCCACCUUUGACCCAGUGCCUACAGAUGCCCCGACCAGUCCCCGAGUCUCCAGGGAGGAAGAGCUGCACACUGGGCCUCCAGCCCUAAAGGGACCCCUCAGUGUAUCCCAGGACCUCCCCACCAAGAACCUGGCCAGCCCUCCUGCCCGUGAUGCCCUGCAGCUCAGGUCUCAGGACCCCACACCCCCCUCAGCACCUCAGGAAGCCACAGAAGGCAGCAAAGUCAUAGAGCCCUCAGCCCCCUGCCAGGCCUUGGUUAGCAUCGGGGACCUUCAGGCCACCUUCCACGGGAUCCGUUCUGCCCCCAACUCCUCGGACAGUGCAACCAGAGACCCCGCUACCUCUGUCCCAGCCUCCGGGGCCCACCAGCGCCCCCAGACCACAGAUGGGGAGAAGAGCCCAGAGCCCUUGGGGCUUCCCCAAAGCCAGAGUGCCCAGGCCCUCACGCCUCCUCCGAUACCCAAUGGCUCUGCCCCGGAAGGGCCUGCAUCCCCAGGCUCCCAAUAGCUGCCUGGUGUGGCAGCGGCGGCCAAAUCUUCCGUCCUCCCGUGGAUUUCCCAGGGUGGGGGCAGGGCGGGUCCCAUGAUGGCCCCCGGUGCCCUUAUCACCCUGAACCCCCCACAUUCUCUCCUCUGGACCCCCAGGAGGCGGGUACCAGGGAGACAGGCCCAACCCACCCCCAUUUGCACUGAGAAGAGAAGUUUUGGAGCAUUGCCUCCUAGAAUAAAGAUAAAGAGAGUCAAAUAGAGAGAAUGGAGAGAGAGAGAAACGUAUAUUAUAUAUUAUAUAGAGAGAGAGGGAGGAGAGCGAGAGAAAGUGAGGACACCGAGCUGGGCUGGCAGCUCCAAAGCACAGCCUUCCCCAUUCCGUCCCAGCGGGGGCUGGUGUUAGGGGUCCCAAGGUUGCCGCCCACGUGCCCAGCCGUCCCAUGCUCCAGCGCAGAUGGCCACUCCCACACCCGGCCUUUCAGCUCAGGUCCACCAUGGGGGACGGCCCAGCACAGGUGGGGGUGCCAGAGGAUCCCGAGUGGGGGCCGUGCCUUUGCCCAGACCCUGCACUUUCAACCAGGCCAGUCCGGCUCUGGGGAGCAGGGGCCUCCCCGGCAACACCCCUAGGGGCCUUGAGGGUCUGGGGUCCCAGCCCUGUUGCCAAGUGGCCUUGUCCCCAGCUCCCUCCUCCAGGCUGGUGUGAGUGUGCGUGCGUUCGUGCCGAGCUUCUAUUUCAUAUUGCAAAUAUAAAUAAAGGAAGACAGUUUACGAUUCUGCUGGUCAGACCUUACGUUCUGGGAUGCAGGGUGGGGAGUCUGUGUUAUCCCUGCAUCUCAGAGGCUGGGGGUGCUUCUGACCCAGUCUGUCCCAACACUGUGUCCUGCCGGGGGGAGCCCUGUGGCUGCAGAGGCCCCAGGCUGGGCCAGGCGCUGGCUGUGAGGACUCCUGCCAGGCCUACCCCACCUAUGGGCAGGGCUGUGGGCAGAGAAUGGAAACCACCGACGGGGGCUCACAUCCCUGCUCCUGCCCACACUGAUCCCAGUGACCAAGCCCAGCAUUGAGGCCGGGCUCUGGCACCCCGUAGGUCUGAGUCUUCCAGGUGGGAGGUGGGAAUGCAGGCUGGGUGUGCAGCGAGUGGCACGGGUGAGCGGCACUGGGAAACCGGCGCGUGUGAACCGGGCCAUGGGGACAGCGUCCUCACUUGGGUGUGCAGCGAGUGGCACAGGUGAGCGGCGCUGGGAAACCGGCGCGUGUGAACCGGGCCAUGGGGACAGCGUCCUCACUUGGGUGGCAGUUGGCUUGGAGGUCACCUGGGGCUCACUCCGCUAACAGGAGAGGGUGCUUAUUGCCCGCAUUCAUGGUGGUCCCUCCUCGUCACCCAUUGAAGCGGUGUUUGUGGUGGAGCCCCUGAGGGCUUAGUGGGGUUGAGCAGAAUGAGGAAAAGCUUCAUGGAGCAGGGAGGGAGAUAGCUAGGGCAGCAACUGAAGGACGGACUCGCCUUUCCAUCCCUCUGGGGUGCUCCUGCCAGCCAGCCCCUCCCCCACUUUCAUGAAGGGGUGGCCGUUGGAAUUCUGCACUCCAUCUCUUCUGAUUGGGCCCAGGACAAGGGGACAGGCAUUUGUGGGCCUCACCCCCCAGGCAGACAGGAGGAGGAAGCCAUGUCCCACCAGGCUAGGGCAGAGGGACCCCUGAUGCCAACAGUGCUUUAUCAGCGGGUGCCAGGCAAGGCCGUCCCCAGGGUGAGGACAACAUCUCUCUGGGCCCUGUUAUCAGUCACAGAGUCCACAGGACGCUCCUUGGGUUAACGUGUAACCAUGAGCCGUCCCCUUCACCCCCUGAAGCCACUCACUCCCAGAUUAGGUGACUCGGGGGGUAUCAAGGCAGCAUGGACAGUGGCAAAGCGGGGCAGACCCUGAAGACUCACUGCUUAGCCCAGGUGAGAGCCUUCCGAGGUGUGCCUGGGGCUGGGGAACAGGCCCCUGGAACCCCAGCAGUCGGUGGGUCUGGGAGCUGCUGUCCUUGAGUUGGUUGGGACCCUGGGAGGCUGGGUUCUGGCAGCCUGGUCCCUGAAUGGGUCCAGCCUGUACAGCUGGGGUCCCAGGUAGGGGUGGGACAGGAACCACAAGAUCUCAGUCCCAAGAACGGGGGCUAGGCUGGGUUUCGGCUCAGCAACUCCCCAUUCCCCAAAGCGCCCAGAUGUCUGCAGGUGGCUGAGCCCCUUCAUCCUCUCGUGCUGCGUGUACUUCUGCCUCUGGAUUCCCAAGGACCAGCCGUCCUGGGUCGCUGCCCUGGUCAAGUGCCUGCCUAUCCUCUGCCUGGCCGGGUUCCUGUGGGUCGUGUCCCCAGGCGGGGGCUACACCCGGCUCUUCCAGGGAGCUCUCUUGUGCUCUGCAGUGGGGGACGCCUGCCUCAUCUGGCCUGAAGCCUUCCUCCCUGGCAUGGCCGCCUUCGCCACCACCCACCUUCUCUACGUCUGGGCCUUCGGCUUCUCUCCCCUGCAGCCUGGCCUGCUGCUGCUCAUCAUCCUGACCUCUGGCCCCUACCUCAGCCUUGUGCUGCAGCACGUUGAGCCGGAUAUGGGCCUGCCUGUGGCAGCCUAUGGGCUGAUCCUGAUGGCCAUGCUGUGGCGCGGCCUGGCCCAGGGCGGGAGUGCUGGCUGGGGCGGGCUGCUCUUCACACUCUCUGAUGGCGUGCUGGCCUGGGACACCUUCGUCCAGCCCCUGCCCUAUGCCCGCCUGGUGGUCAUGACCACCUACUACGCUGCCCAGCUCCUCAUCACACUGUCGGCCCUCAGGAGCCAGAUGGCCAAGACCGACUGACUAGAGAGCUUGAAGGGCCGGUAUUCAGGCCCUCUCCUCUUGCAAAGACCUGGGCCCCCCAGACCAGCCCAGCCUGAGAAAUACCCUCAGCAGCGAAGCUUCCUCACGCCUGUCUGCAGGCGCCGCCGCCGCUUCCAGCUGAAGACAUUUGAGGACCAUUUGCGGAAUUCCAAGUCCACUGCUGAGUUCCAGCUGCCUUCUCCAGGUUCUGACUCCAGAUCCCUGGCUCCUCAGCCAGGCCCACAUGUGGCCCUCCCAGCCACCAGCCCGCCUCCAUGUUCUGUGUCGGCCCCACAGUCUGCCCGCCCCCAGCUCCUGCUCUGAAUCGUUUUUCUUAUCUUAGUAAAGUGGGUGUGGAACCAUAGAUGUUGCUGUUACCGUGGGAGAGGCCUCGGGGAAGAUCAUUGUGAUUAACCAUCGCGGUUAAUGACAGCAAACGGUUCUAGGUCACUCCCCAUGGACCAGGCCUGGUGCCCAGUGGGACCCUCCCUGGCCCUCUGGUGGGAGUGGAUUUGAGGAGAUAAAGUGAGGAUUGUGCAGAACUGA